AUGGUAAGCUACGACGAGCUUUCAAACCUGCUGGGCGCAUAUCCAGACCUCAUCAUCCUCCGCCGCUUCGGGCCCCUGGCGUCACAAGUCCUGCUCCAUCUACAGGCCGAACUCCUUGAACUAGACCACGACCUCAACUUCCUCAGAGCAGCCGAGAAAACCGACCCCGAACAACAAGCGCAUGCAAAGUCUUGGGCCAAGGCGAAUGCAUCAAUCGCCCAGGGGAAACGGAGCAUCCGGAAAGAAUUGAUUGAAGAUGCCGAGAAGAAGCUUCUGAGAUAUUGUACGUCGAGGCGCCCACCCUGUCUGCAUCUAUCCCACGAGUUCCUUGCGAGUUUUGCUGAUUCACUCGCCAAAGAUCAAUUUGUCACACACACAUCUGGCGUGCUCAAGCUUCCCCAGCCUGAUCGGUGCGACAUGGAUUUCCUGUGCACUUGGCUCGAGAGUGAAAGAGGAGGCAAUAACUUUCUCAAAAAGCACUCGGACGCCGAGGCCAGAGCGUGGGAUCCCCAGCAAGCCAGAGACCUCAUGGCUGUGAACAAGCGGAGAGACCGUUUUGCGGCCUGGGUGGGUAACACCAUAAUGCCGCUAUAUCACAGCAAAAUUGGCCAUCGCAUUCAUCCAAGGAUUGAUGAUGGGUCCAUUGGGCCGCGAUACUGGUACGACGAUGGUCACUUCGCGGCUGUAGGGAAUGUUAUCUGCACCGUGCUUUCGUCGGUCAUUCCGUCCAUCUCCAUCGUUGCCCUCUACUAUAUCCAAAAUAUGCUUGCUCGGCUGCUGGUCAUCAUCGCCCUGAGCACCUUGUUCUCGCUGAUCAUGAGCUUCGUGGCACAAGGUCGCCGAUACGAAGUCUUCGCCGCCACGACGGCCUUUGCUGCCGUUCAGGUCGUGUUCGUCGGUGGUGUGAAUUUUGUGGUCGGAACCCAGCCACAACCGGCCUGA